AUGGAGUCAGAAGGGCGCAGCUUGGCCAGGAUGCUGGGGCACCUGCUCUGGAUGGCCGUCAGCAAGGCGCUCUUUGCCGAGUUCCUGGCCACGGGGCUGUACGUGUUCUUCGGUGUGGGUUCGGCCAUGCGCUGGUCCCCGGCACUGCCCUCUGUGCUGCAGAUCGCCAUCACCUUCAACCUGGCCACGGCCAUGGUUGUGCAGGUCACCUGGAAGUCCAGCGGGGCCCACGUCAACCCCGCGGUGACACUGGCUUACCUCGUGGGCUCCCAAAUCUCUCUGCCCCGGGCUGUGGCCUAUGUGGCUGCCCAGCUGGCAGGGGCCAUUGUGGGGGCUGCCCUGCUUUACAGGGUCACACCAGGGGACAUCCGAGAGACCCUUGGGGUCAAUGAGAUCCGGAGCAGCAUCUCGACUGGCCAGGCGGUGGCAGUGGAGCUGGUCCUGACCCUGCAGCUGGUGCUCUGUGUCUUUGCUUCCACCGACAGCCGUCUCACAUCUGGCUCCCCGGCCGCCAUGAUUGGGAUCUCUGUGGCAUUGGGCCACCUCACUGGGGUCUACUUCACUGGCUGUUCCAUGAACCCAGCCCGCUCCUUCGGUCCCGCUGUCAUCGUUGGCAAGUUUGAAGUCCACUGGAUCUUCUGGGUGGGACCCCUGUCAGGGGCUAUCCUGGCUUCGCUGAUCUACAACUUCAUCCUGUUCCCUGACACCAAGACCCUGGCCCAACGACUAGCCAUCCUCACAGGCGCCGCGGAGGUGGAGAACGCGGUGGGGGCGGAGCCCCAGAAAAAGGAAUCCCAUUCAGCAGACACCCGAAUGGAGAGUGUGUGUCAGACAGCAUGGAACUUGGCCCCUGCCCUCAGGCUUCUGAGAGCUCUGUACCUGAGCAGCAGAAUGACAUGA